AUGUCGAUGGACAUUGACCAGCCAGUGGCACUUCCGUCUAUCCAUUCAAACCAGACCGCGGCCACUAUUCUAUGCUGUAACUGCGGCGCACCGAUCGAUGGCACUUCCUCUGCUGGUGCCCUCUGCUAUGACUGUGUAAAGCUUACGAUAGAUGUUUCCGCGGGCAUACAACGCGAAGCAACAUUACACACAUGCAAAGAUUGCGAACGAUGGUUACAACCACCAAGUCAGUGGAUGACAGCGGCGCCGGAAUCGAGAGAGCUGCUAGCUCUGUGUUUAAGGAAGCUUAGAGGUCUCAACAAAGUCCGUAUCAUUGAUGCUAGCUUCUUAUGGACCGAGCCACAUUCCAAGCGAAUCAAGGUCAAGAUCACUGUACAACAGGAGGUCUUCGAGGCAACGAUAUUGCAGCAGACAUUCGAGGUGGAGUAUGUGGUCGCAUCGCAGCAGUGUCCUGACUGCGCUAAGUCAUAUACCGCAAAUACGUGGCGAGCUGUUGUUCAGGUGCGGCAGAAAGUGCCUCAUAAGAGAACAUUUCUAUACUUAGAGCAGCUCGUGUUGAAGCAUGGGGCCCACAAAGACGCCAUCAACAUCAAGGAGGUCAAAGAUGGUCUUGAUUUCUUCUUCGCCCAGCGGAAUCAUGCUGAGAAAUUUGUUGACUUCCUCACCUCAGUCGCUCCCGUAAGAGCCAAAAAGUCCCAAGAGUUGAUCUCCACAGACAUUCACACCUCUUCGAAAUCUUACAAAUUCACCUUCUCCUGCGAACUUGUGCCGAUAUGCAAGGACGACCUGGUCGCUUUACCAUUCAAGCUUGCCAAAUCGAUUGGCAACAUCGCACCGCUUUCGAUCUGCUACAGGGUUGGCACAUCUGUCAAUGUGAUAGAUCCCAAUACUCUUAAAACAGCAGACAUACCUGCGGCAAUCUAUUGGCGGGAUCCUUUCAAGUCCCUUGCAGACGUUCAGGAGCUAUCAGAAUUCAUUGUUCUCGACAUAGAGGCUGUGGGCCACCAGAAUGGGCGAUUCUUUCUUGCCGAAGCCACUGUUGCUAAAGCAUCGGACCUCGGUGUCAACGAUAGGACGUACUUUGUACGAACACAUCUCGGCGGCGUUCUGCACGCUGGCGACUCUGUGCUCGGCUAUCAUUUGACAGGGACGAACUUCAACAAUCGACAUUUUGAAGCACUCGAGCUAAGCAACUCCUACUCAUCAACCAUACCUGACGUAGUACUGGUCAAGAAGUACUAUGCAAGGAAGAAGAAGUCGAAGAACCGCAACUGGCGACUCAAGCGUAUGGGCAAGGAUGAAGGAGAGCUUUUACCAAAGAAGGCAGACCAGGACAGGCUGGAGGCUGAUUUCGAGAUGUUCUUACGGGAUGUGGAGGAAGAUCCCGAGCUAAGACAGACGCUUGCGGUGUACAAAGCCAAUCAGCGGAAGGCAAAGGGUGAGAUGACUGGAGUGGAGCAAGAUGUAAUGAGCAUGGCGGAAACGGAGGAUACUGAAGACGAGCAGGUACCGAAGAUUAACAUGGAUGAGCUGCUGGAGGACUUUGAUGAGCUUAAUGUACAUGAUAUGGGUUGA